ACCGGCCAGGGGUCGGGAGGCUAUGGGAGCUCAGGGCAGGCACCUCCCAUGCUCCCGCGGGAGCCACCAGGACAUGAAGGUCAUAGGCCUCUCCUCUCCUCCUCUUCCUGUUUGACCUGAAUGCCCCCAGGCCAACUGCCUCAAGGAUUCCAUCUGAGAAGAUGCAGGCUGGGUGUGUGGGGAGCAGUAGAGGGGCUGGUGUGUGCACAUAUGUGCACAGCUCAGGACAGAGGCUCCCUAGACUUGGGGCGGGGGCACUAGGGCCCCAACUCUAACCCUCGUUCUGCCCUGUUGACCUCUGCUCUCUGGACCAAAAAUGGAGGACUCAGUCUAGACUAGUUCUUAGGGUCUAGGAGCCACCUUAAGUUAUGUUUAUAUGCGAAGGCCAUUUUUCUGAGAGGCCAUAGCUUUCAUCAGUGUGCCAAAAAGCGUGAGAUCCUCUGCUCUAAAAGCCUCUGCCCCAGCGCUGCCUAGUUUCAGAGCCCCCGAUGGCCUCACAUGGGGUUUUAGAGCAGGCAGAGAAGCUGCAAUGGGGCCACCAGCCAGUCCUCAGAGUCCUGGGUUAAGGCCUCCUCUCCAGGAGGCCCUGUUUAAAGGUUUUCUCUGUUGCCUGGAGGCAGGAGUGAACUUCUGAUCCCCUGUCUUCCCACAGGCCCUGUGUCUUGCUCAGUCCACCUGACUCUGCUUUCUCAUCCUAGGCCUCAGGUGGGUGGCAGGCCCUUUCCUGCUUGCCCUCUGCCCUCCCUCUCUCUGGCCCUGCCCAGUCUCUGCCAAUCUGUGUGCCUCCCAGGAGCCGGGACACUCCCUGAGUCCUCUGGGAGCCCUUAAGCCACACUGAGAACACAGACCCUCGGAGAAGCAGCCAGCAGUGAGGAAUCCUGGAACCCCUUCCCAGGGAGAGCCUUCCCAUGACCCCCAUGAAGAGAUCAGUGCAAACACAGGUGUCAGAGCCCUUCACGGAGUCCUGGGGUGAGGAGUCCCUGCCGGAGCUACCCGCAGAGCAGUCCCUGACGGAGUACUCUGACCUCGAGGAGGCUCCCUCGGCACACACUCUCUAUGUGGGCCAUCUGAACCCCCAGUUCUCAGUGCCAGUGCUUGCUUGCCUGCUGCGAGACACCCUGGAGCGGCUGGAGAUGCCGGUGGCACGGGAGCACAUUGAAGUGGUGAGGCGGCCGCGGAAGGCCUAUGCACUGGUGCAGGUGACUGUCCACAGGGACACCCUGGCCUCCCUCCCCUGGCGCCUGCAGACGGCCCUGGAGGAGCACCUAAUCCUCAAGGAGUUGGCAGCCCGUGGGAAGGAGCUGCUAUUGAGUGAGGCCCAAGGGCCCUUCAGCCACAGAGAGGAGAAGGAGGAGGAGGAGGAGGACAGUGGCCUGAGCCCUGGCCCCAGUCCAGGCUCUGGUGUCCCGCUGCCCACCUGGCCUACACACACACUGCCUGAUAGGCCCCAGGCCCAGCAGCUGCAGAGCUGCCAGGGCCGGCCCAGUGGCGUGUGCUCCGACAGUGCCAUUGUGCACCAGCAGAUCGUGGGCAAGGACCAGCUCUUCCAGGGUGCCUUCCUGGGCAGCGAGACCCGCAAUAUGGAAUUCAAGCGGGGUAGCGGCGAGUACCUCAGCCUGGCCUUCAAGCACCACGUGCGGCGCUACGUGUGCGCCUUCCUCAACAGCGAGGGCGGCAGCCUGCUCGUGGGAGUAGAGGACAGCGGCCUGGUGCAGGGCAUCCGCUGCAGCCACCGUGACGAGGACCGCGCACGCCUGCUGGUGGACUCCAUCCUGCAGGGCUUCAAGCCUCAGAUCUUUCCCGAUGCCUACACUCUCACCUUCAUCCCUGUGAUCAGUACCUCGGAGACCAGCGUCCCCCUCAAGGUGAUCCGCCUGACCGUGCACACCCCCAAGGCCCAGAGCCAGCCGCAACUCUACCAGACAGACCAGGGGGAGGUGUUUCUGCGGCGCGACGGGAGCAUCCAGGGCCCGCUGUCUGCCAGCGCCAUCCAGGAGUGGUGCAGGCAGAGGUGGCUGGUGGAGCUGGGCAAGCUGGAAGAGAAGAUGAAGGCACUGACGAUGGAGAAGGAGCAGCUCCAGCAGCAGCUGCAGCAGCACGGGCCUGUGUCCUGCACCUGCUGUGUCCUGUGAGGGUCCUGAGGAGCAGGCAGGACGGCACGGCACUCUCCACCUGAGACCCAGGGAUUUCCUGUUUGAGUGUAAGGCCAACCAGUAAAGCCCAUGCGGGCCGCUGAGAGGCGGACAGGGACUCCUUCAACAUGGCACAUGAGCAGGCACCCAUGUGGCUUCAACCCUGACAGACCCAUCUGUGUAGCCAAGAAACUGCUCUCAGCCCUGUCCCCAAAUGACCUUACUUUCAGAAAGAAUGCAUAAAACCCUGCCCAGAGCUCCCCUAGGGCUAAGCUAUAAGGGAUUGUCCUUCUCCCUAAAACGCUCAUUUGGCCCAGGCUGAGGUCUGUGACUCCAGUUGGCUACACAGUGCCAGAAAGGAAUCUGUCAUCUCAGGAAAGCCCCUCAAAGAUGGCGAGGCAUAUUUGAUGACUGUGGUUACAGGGCAAGAGGCCACCCUGCAGCCCCCACCCCUGACUUGCUGGAACUUGUGACUGUCAAAGCUCCAUUAAUAAAUUACAUGCACCUGGGACAAGAA